AUGCCCAAAACUCGUGAAUUAAGUAAAUUACCUAAAUAUAAACAAAGAGAUAUUAUACGAAAGUUCAAGUCUUCCUUGGACAGCUUCAAAGUUGACCGAGAAUACUAUUUAAGACCAAACCCUCAGCUUUAUCACCAUUUGCUCGUCAAGGCUGAAUGCGAUUUUAUAAAUCCCGAAAGUGAAUUUUUUAAACGUUUAACUCGAACAUCCAUUUACAACAUUUUAUGGAAACCUAAAGAACUUGCAAGUUUUUUUAUAGCUUUGGAACGCUGUGGAAAACGCAACCCUGUUGAAAUUUCACGACGUAUUGGCACGAAAAGUGUACCACAAGUCAUGAUUCUUAUUGAGUUUUUUGAGCAUGAAUUAAAUCUGGCGAAGGCUUGUGAAGCGAUUCGCCCUAUAAAUUAUGCUGAUAUACCAUCUGCUAGGGAGAUGA